AGGGUUAGUUUUGAGCUACACUGUUUGCCGUAGUACACGGUAACUAUGGCAACUGUAGUAACGUUACAUCGUUAGUACAUCCAUGGUCAGACCCAACAUGACAAGAAGCAAACGGAGAUGUUGGACGACUAACGUUAUUUUUACAUGCUUUUUUAACAGAAUUUUGUAACUAGAAACAACUCGGGUUCGGGUUAUGUUUCCGUUAAUGUUGGCUCGUUGUUUUUAGUAAACAAACACCGACAUUAGAAAGUAGCUAACGCUGAACUUGGACGCGUUUAUAAUGUUUACGCUACCUGACUCUUUUAAUGCUUAACGUUAGCUAGCGUUACCACCUGGAAGCAAAAUAACUUCGUGAGGCAAAAAUUCAAAUGAACCGACAAUGUUUAGCUGAAGUAACGUUAGACGUUGAUGCAAAAAGUUCCUCGUAAUUUUGGAAAUGGAUUCAAGCAAAGUUGUGCACAGAAGAAAAGAAGACACUCCCGUAACGUUAUCCAGACCGAGAGCAUCGGAUAAGAGCCUGCGUAUUCAAGAGAUCAGCGUUAAAAAUCUUGAGCUCAUCAAGGUGAUUCGUCUUCUUGAAGAUCCGUUGACAGCUAACUUAAAGGAGAGGCACCGUUUUUUACUGAAAAAACUACUGAAGAGGAACCAAAUUGGCUUUCUUUUGAAGGACCUCACAGGUAUCGCCAAAAUACUCAACAUCUGUGCUGAGAAAGUGACAGAUCAUCCUGAAUAUGUGCCAGUUUUGUGUGAGGCACUUCAAAUUUGUAGGCUUCCCUUCCUAAAGGAGAAAGCAUCUGAUGAGCUGAACUACGCUCAGGACGUCAUUGAUUUCCUCUCUCACAUGGGCUGUCUGAUGAGGGUGUCAGAUGCUGAAGUGAGGCAGCAAAUAGUUGAGUCUGUGAAAUCAUUCUACAGCUGUGUGGCUCCUAAACAGCUGCUUGACGGUACGGACCGUCUCACCAAGCCAAAGCCUCGGACUUUCCACUCUGACAACAAAUUUUCUAGACUUUCACCGAGGCUUCAGCCAACCUCUCCAGGCUACAGGCUGCAGCUGCUGGAGCGCAGUGACCUGGCUCAGACAUUGCUCCUCUCCAUGGCGGCUCUGGACAACCAGCCCGCCAUCAAGCUGCAGCUCCUGCAGACACUUCAGAUACUCUCCAGCUCCUCUGAUAUCAACUGUGCAUUGAUACUGAAUGCACGAGGAGCAGAGAUGAUCUGUCUCCACAUGAACGAACCCGACCCGUCCGGUCAGGUCCUGUUUCGCUCCACCGAAAUCCUCUGGAACCUGCUGGAGAGAGGCAGCAAGGAGGUCACUGCUCAGCUCAGCAGCAUGGAGUGUGUCAUAUCACUGAAAGAAGCGUUUUUACACCAGCUGAUGAGCGGAUCCCGACAAUCUGACCUUCAACUCAGAAAUGAUCUGCUUGUGAUCACAACUCUCAUCGCGGAAAAUCCAAACUCUCUGCUUGUUGAGAGUUCCUUUGCCAAACAGCUGGUGGUUUUGGUCACAUUUCCAGAGAUGAAAAGUCACAACCCUUUGGUCCACAACCUCAAACUCACCUACAAUAAUGACGACUUGAAAAUGAAGAAGCUGCUGUUGAAUCUGUUGGUUUUAUUGUCAAAGGACUUAGGUGCCCUGCAGCUGUAUAAAGAGGAAAGUGUUAUGCUUGUUCUGCUGACGCUUGUAAAGCCGCCUGCUGCCUCGUCUGAGCCUCGGUCAGCUUCACGUCAGUGGUCCUCCGUCCAGCAGGAGGAGCUCCAGCUGCAGACGCUGGCAGUCCUCUCCACCCUCGCUCCUCUCAUGUUGGAUGACUACAUGUUCUGUCAGGGGAACGCGUGUCUGCUGCUCCUUCUGGACUGGUGCGUUGCUCAAGAUGCUCUCUUUGGUGAAGGUGACACAAGAGAAAGAGGCAGUAGGAAGGCUCAGAUGCGACAUUGUAUCAGAGUGCUGAGAUCUGUGACGUCUUUAGGUGAAGACUCAGUCCACCUGGACCUUUGUGACCAAGGAACCAUCAACCAGCUCCUUGGGAUUUUAAUGCAGAUGGAGGCAAGCCCUGAUGAGGAUGAUGUAGUCACUCUGGAGAUAAAGUCAGAUAUUCAACUGAUACUUUCAGCGCUGUGUGAGAGUGACAUGCAUAGAAAGGAACUCUUUGGAUCAGAAGGAGUUGAGAUGGCAGUUCACUUCCUGAAGAAAGGCUCCAACAACUUCUACAGCGGUCUGGGACACAACAAGCUCAUCCUCUCCACAGUGGACUGCGUGUGGUCCUGCAUUGUGGGUUGCUACACCACAGAAGAUUACUUUUUGGCGAAAGAGGGGGUGUCUCUUCUGUUGGACUUACUCAGUUCAUGUCCCAGAUGCUUGCACUGCAACGUCCUCGCCACCCUGCUGGAGUUAUGUGACAACCCCAACACUGUGUCCCACAUCCUGAGCUGGAGGGACAGCAGCGGUCAGACGGCUCCCAGUUUCCUGCUGCAGCUGUGGAGGGAAGAGGAGGAAGAGCUCAGAGUCAGCCGAAACCAACACGGAGGGAUCUCAGAUCCCCGGAGGCCCCUCCUCAGUCACUAUCAGCAGGAGGAUACCCAGCGGUCAUUUCCUGCUAACGUACAGAGUUCAGCAGUGCUGGAACUAUCAGAGAACCUGCGGUCAAAGAUUUACUCCAUCUUCUGCAAACUUGGUUUUCAAGACCUUCCUGGACUGUCAAGAAAACAUCAUGUGACUUUGAGCAUCGUAAAGAGAUAUCUGGACUUCAAGGUCGGUGAGGUGUGGGAAGAGAUCAGCAGGGAGCUGAGUUUGGACGGUGUGACACUGAUCACCCCCGAUAAGGAGGCUCUGAGCACAAUCUGUAAGAUUUCUGAGGACACGGCAAGAAGGGUUGCAGCAGAACAAAACAGAAUCCUGGAGCUACAGAAGGAGGAGGACAUCGGCGAGGAGGAGCUCAUGUACACAGAGAUUAAGUCUCAUUGGAAGCAACAGGAGCUUACAGCCAAGUCUUGGGACAGUUACGUUUCCAAGACUUCCAACUAUGAGAUCUUAAAGGAAGUAAAAGCACAGAGGGAGAAAUAUCUUGAGUCAUCGAGACCCAACCCAAAGCAUGAGGAUGCUGGAGUUCAUCUUACAGAGCAUUUCAUUGGAAAGGUGAUGUCUGUAGAGAGGACAGAUUCUCAGGGGCCCGCAGGAGUGAAAUUGACGCUGGCUAGAGCUCCCAUCAAGGCUGCAGGUCAGGACGAAGUGGGACCUACAACACAGGACCCAGAAUACUUCAGCACUGCAUCUGUAAAAGAAUGAUGUUUAAUACAAGCCCUUUACAUUAUUAUUGCACCUUUAUUUUAUCUUAUAGAGUUUAAUCUACACCCAACACAAAACAAACUAAACUUUGCAGCACAUUGCCAACAUGUUUACAUUAAUUGUUGUUUAUUUCUCAUAGCUUCUAAUUCCUUUCCCAGCGUCUGUAGAUACUGAAGUGUUUUUAUCGGACAAGAGACUUGAGACAUGAGGUCACUUUAUGUGCACAAUCAGAACCUUGUAGUCUAGUCCACCUCCAGUCCUCUUCAACAGACACACACAGUGCAUCAAUCUGACUGACAUGUACAACUGUUCAUGUAUAUUAAAUAAAUUAAACAGUAAGUGUUUUUUCAGAUAGUGUGAUAGGUAAUUUAAGUAUUUGAUUUGUAAACUUUUUUUUCAACAUUCAGAUCAUUAAACAUAUAAUUAGAUUAGAUUUGUUUCUAUGCAUUAAUUCUCCAACAUGCUACCUUUAUAUAAACAACAUGAACAGUGAGGCCCUCAACAUGGAUUACUAAAUUACCAACAAAAUACAAACAAAAGUCUAAUUAUAUCCAGUAAAAGUUAAUCCUCAUGCAGUAUGUUUGGCAGCUGUGGCACCCAGGUCCAUUUAUGACAGUUGUUAAAAAUAUUUUCUCAGUAGUGUUUCUGGGUUACAUAAGUCACUGCAGUGCAUUAACACACAUGUUCCUUCAAGCGUGCAACAUGCUGCACAAAGCCUCUUCGUCUCCCUCUGCUCUCACCCAUUUUACUGGCUGGGUGACCAAAUCAUCUCUGACAGGCCGCGGCUUUUCAUGCAGCUUUGUGAGUGUUGAGCCCUGUCAGACUGGGACGUUCACACUGUACAAAAGAGCAGGGACACACAGGAACCUCUUCAGUACGACAGGCUGCCACUGUUUGUUCAGGCGGCUGAGGGGCUUCACAUGUCUGUCUGCGGGUGCUGAGCUGCUGCAGCCGUCGAUGAAGGUGAGGGUGAGCGCUAAUGGUUGCUCGUCAACUCCCUGAGGACUCGUUAACUUCAAACUAAAGGUUGGCUCGUCUGAGAAGCUCCAAGAGCAGAAAUGAUCAUCAGACUGGGACGACUGACACCAGGAUACUUCCGUCUCCUCCAGAGGCAGGUCUCAGGUGAGGUCCGGAUGCAGCCUCAGGGCAGUCUCCUUGAUCCCAUUGCCAUGACGAUGGCCACAGUGGGAAUGGGAGUGUCUCUGUACAGCGCCAGGCAGAUGGCAGAGAGGGUCCAUGUGAAACAUCCAAAUGCCUGAGAUUAGUGAGAAGCCGUGUGGGUGGUUUAUGUGGCAGAUUGUUUUUUUGUGUACGUCGCAGAAGGUUUGUGAUGGAGGUCGAGAGGGUAAAUGUGUUUGUGGUGUUGCUUGAAGGAAAAUCUAAGUGUCCCAGGAGAAAAAUGUGAGUCAACAAUCAGUCCCAGCAGGGACAUUUGUUCAACCAAUUUACACUUUCUUUGCAAUCUCAACAUUUAUAAGCAAUAUGAGUGAGCCUGCGGUUUGAACACUGCAUAGUUUUUGCAGGUUGCCUUUAAUUUCAUUAGUGAUUGCAUUUUUUAUUUUUCAACAAGGAUCUUAGCAUUAAAGUUAUAACUGCAGCCAUUUUUAUUUCCUGCUUUUUAUAGUACAAACAAAAAUGUUUGAAAAUAGCCUCAGAAAAUCAAAUACAAUAAUUAAGUAGGUAAUUAUCUCAGCACACAAUCUUAUUGUAUUUAUGGAAAUUAGUCACAAACACACUUUUUAUACAUAGGCAUGGCGAGUUCAUUUGAUACCUUGGUACCUUAUUUAAUGUAACUUUCAACAUCAAGGUAAUUCAAAUGGCUUUAUAUAAGAUAGAAAGGCAUUAAAAAAAAGAUAUAACAGAAACACAAUGCCAUGUGGGAGACAGUGCUAGUAGCAUUUAGAUAUGGAACAGAAGAUGCUCGAGAAUGGAGCCUUGGGGAACUCCAUACAGCAAUUUUAAAUGCUCAGAUGUGUAAUUACUGAUGAACGCAAGUGUCCCUCAAAUAGGAUUCAAACCAGUUUAGGCCAGAAAGCCCAACCCAGUGUCAUCUUUUUUUUAAACAAAACAAAGUAUUCUCACUUCAUUGGUUUGUUGAACUUUAGCACCUUAAUGUAUUGAAUUUAGAUUGUAAAUCCUAAAGCAGCAUUACCGCUUUGAGUAUUUAUUCACGAAGCAGACUACAAGCAGCUGAAUUUAAAGCUGUUUUCAUCAGGGCAACUUCAGUUUGUAAAUGUUCAUGUUCAUGUUUGUACUAGAAUUUAAUAAUGGGCUUGUCUGUAUAUGUAAAAUGCCACUAAUAGAAAUUCAAAUUAUUUACUUUGUAUAGUAACAAAUUUGGUAAAGUGAUGUAAUUCUCAAAUAAAUAUGUUUACAGAUUUGA